AUGUCCGCACUCGCAGGGUAUACUAGAGGAGGCGGCCUGUGCAGAUACAAUAUCCAUGGUGACGCGGAAGAGGAGUGGUUGAUAAUCUGUCCUGAACGAGGUGCAACGAACCGAGGUGGAUCGAACUGCCUCAAAUUCGAACCAAGGGUUUGUGGCUUUGAAACCAAUGAAAAUCGUUUGUUCAUUGCUGCUGGUCACAUCGAGUCAACCGCCAGACCAUUCGCAAUGAGUAGCUCUCCCGAAUCAAAGAGCAAUUCCUUGUCCAACUCCUCUGACUCCAAUUUUAGACACCCUGUUCAGUACACAUUAUUCCAGAACAGCAAACAGGACGAGGAUUGCGAUUUGCCCACGAAGAGGUUAAAGACCUUGCAAACGAUGUGGAACUUCACAUCUACCCCCUCCUCUGCAGCUACAAUCUACCUCAACAAGCGCAUGCUCGAGCUCUCUUGGAUCACUCGGCGAGCUAUUGCUGCGAGGUUGCGAUACCAACGCCUUCGCUCUCGUGAACUGGAUUUGAUAAAGUCAAUCCUUGAAGACGAAACCGAGCUAUGCCAGACACAGUUGAGUGGAGUUGAUGUGCAGAUUGGUUGCAUCCGAAAUAUGCUUCAGGACGCUGCAGUCAUGGCAAUAGCAAGCACAGGUUCUAGGUUUGACUCUAAUGAGGCUGGACCUUGGUGUGAAAGUUCCUCCGAUGAGGAAUCUGUUGCAAUCACCGCAUCUCGUGGCAGUUCAGCCUGCCCGUCCGAUGACUCAAAUAACCCCUGGUUAUCGAAGUCUGCUGACCUUGUCAGGCUUUGGCGGCGUCUAAACACAAUUCGCUAUCCAGAAAUGUCUAGGAGCUGUGUCAUUCUUCCAGAAACUUCCAAUAGCGGACUCGGAAAUGAUAUCCAGAAGGCCGCAUGCCAACCUUCAAGUUGCACCACAUGGCGUCCUCAAGUUCUACCAGAGAUGAUAUCUAGAAGGCUGCAAUCGCCUGUCAAUGGUGCCUUUGACCUCAAGGACUACGAUAAAACACAGCAGCUGGCUCUAUAUUGGGCGCAGAAGCGCCUCGUUAUGGACGGUGCAACUACCAGCUGGAUCAGGAACAACACCAAAGAUGAGAAGGCCAAGAUGGCAACGCGCAUUAUGGAGAUCAUUUUUCAAGCUAGUAUAAAAUUUGGUUGUGAAUUGACAUCCAAUGACUACACCAAAGACUUUGUAGCUCAGGCCCUAAGGCAGGAUCGUAGAUGGCUCGCAAAAGCGGGCGAAAAAUUUGUGCACCUGCAUAAACUUGAGCCGUUGUCAAGCGGGUCCAAACAGGAACGCAAGAUUUAUAUGAACAAACGAAGGGCAGUUAUCUACGAUGCAAACCAGCCCUUCGAAUACUAUUUGCACGGUAUAGAGGAGACUGAGACAUCUACCAACAUUGUUGUCUUCUCAAAUAAAGCUGUCAAAGAGACUCAUAUCAAGCACUGGUAUGAAAGCAAGAAAUCGCCACUCUGUGAUGAAGAAAUGAGGUCCUCGAUUCAUACGAUGCCUCUUGAUAUGCUCGCGGAGACAGUGACAGCAGCGAGGUGUGCGAUUGAUCGGUAUGUCGAAGGUCGACUCUCCGGAUCAAAUCCGGUGCCGUUCGCUACCAAUGUGUAUGCCAAUGAGCAACAAUUGAUUAAAGAUGCAAUGGUGUUUGCCCUCCAGCAAGAUCUACAUCGGGAGUCAUUCCAGAGGUGUCUACUAAAUCUUCAUCACAGAGGCCUUCAAAAGUUGUACCUGAUCCUGGGCCUUCCGGUUCCUCAGAUUCCGAUUUACGUCCCUCUGACGACGGCGGAGUUGAGCAGACCACACCCAGUGCCAAGUCAUGAUACCAUGACUGCCUUGCCCAGGCCUUCCACUUUGUUGCUGUUUGUAGAAAUGGACAGUCAGGCGCCAUUGAUAGUGGUGGAACUGCAGAUGAUGCUUGCACAGAUGUCAAAUGACAUUUUGGCUUGGACUCGGCGCAGCCCCGACCUGAACUUGAAGGCCCUGGAUCGAAUCAAAUGUCUUUCAGCAUAUAGUGCAUUUGACUGA